AUGGGCGCGACGGACGAUCGCCGCGCGCGUGGGAAGGCGGUCGUCGUCGCGUUCGAGGACGUCGAUCUCGGCGACGCGAUCGAUUUGCCGGGGGAGCGCGCGGAGGAGACGUGCGCGCGGUGCGCGCGGACGCGCGAGCGAUUACGACGGGCGCUCCCGAGCUCGUUCGAGAUCCCGAUUGCGACGUACGUCGCCGCGUCGGGGGGGUGCGAGACGUGCGUGGAGACGUCGGAAGGGGGGGUGGGGACGUGGGAUGUGCCCGUGGUUGGGUUCUGUGGAGAAACGGCGCUGCACGCGGCGGCGCGGGGGGGGUACGAGGGAAUCGCGCGACGCGCGCUCGACGCGGGCGCGGACGCGGACGCGACGCGCAAGGAUGGAAGCUCCGUGCUCAUGGUCGCAGUGCGUUGGUGUUCCACCGUGAAUAUCGUUCGAAUGCUUCUUCACAAGGGGGUGCGCGUGAACGCGGAUGAUUUACAAGGCGUGACGGCGCUCCACAUCGCGGUACGGCGCAGAAAAUCAAGUUUCGUCCGCGCUCUUCUCGAAGCCGAGGAUGUCGACGUGCACGCGCAAACGAUAAAUGGGGACACCCCGCUCCAUGAGGCUGUGGGAGAGCGAGACGUGGAUAUCAUUAAACUACUUCUCGACGCCAAGGCAGAUGUGCACGUCAGAAAUAAGCACGGCCAUACGCCGAUAUCGCUCGCCGUAGAGAAUGGACUCGCGGAUGUUUUCGUGAAUGAACUCAUCUCGCCGACGUCGCCGGAGAGCACGGGUACGUAUUCAACAUCGUCUACUGCUGUGAACGCGAUGGUCAAGUCAUGCUACGCGGGACACGACAAAGUCGUGCACUGUCUCGUUCAACACGGGGUUGACGUCAACGGCGCGUUCGAUGCGCGCGUCAAUCCGAGUGACGAGCAGCGCGUGAUGCGUGGAUUGACGGGUCUCAUGGCUGCCUGCAUGGCGGACAAGAUCGAUUUGGUAAGAGCACUCAUUAAUUACGGUGCCGACGUCAAUACACGCUGCGAUGAGAGCGUGCACUUUCGCGGCUUUUCCGCAAUCGCCUUCGCCGCAGACCGCGGUUCCCUCGAUAUCGUUCGAUUGCUCAUUGAGAACGGGGCUGUAGUCAACACGUCUGAUGGAUGUGAUCCGAUAAUCCAGGCAAGUGAUCGAGGUCACGCAGAAAUUGUUCGCUUUCUCAUCGGUCAUGGCUCAAACGUGCACGCGACCCGCCCGAGUGAUGGGCUCACCGCAAUCGCGCUUGCGGCACAGAAUGGUCACGAACCCAUCGUCGGCAAUUUGUUGACCCACGGUGCGGUGAUGGACGUGGAAUCACUACUGCACGCGGCGCUCGAGGAGUGGUCGAGACGGGCGCGCGGCGGAGGCGACGAUGGCGUGCGAAUAGUGAAGGGUGGACGCACGGCGCGCGUCGUAGCGGUGCUGGAUGGUGAUGGAGAGAUCGCGGCGUGCGUCGCGGACGUGGAGAUCGUCGAGGAGGGGGUGGACAGCGCGUGGUGCGCCUCGCAGGCGAACGCGUGCCGGGACGCGCGCGGGAUGGUUUUAGACGGUAAUCUCGGUCAAGAGGCGAUCGAGACGGUGAAAGAGAUGGCGAGAAAGUUCAAUAAGUGGCUUUGGUACGAACCAGUGAGCGUGGAAAAGUCAACGCGGAUCUUGGGAGGCGGAGUUGACGACGCCGCUCGACCGCUCCGUGGAGUGACGUUUUGUUCGCCCAACGCCGCGGAGCUUCGAGAGCUCGCAAACGGGGUUCGUCGGGGAUGGGCGAAGGGAUCACCCAUGUCGCCGUGUCCGUUCAACCCAGAGUUCAAGUUUAAGAACGCAAGCGAGGCGUUGGAUGCUCUCGCGAGUGACGUGUGCACGGUUUUAGCUGCCGGAUGCGAGCACGUAGUCCUCACUCUCGGCCCGCUUGGUGUGGUCGUCUCCAGCGCGCCGAGCGACGGCGAGGUUUCUCGAGCGACACACACGCACGUUCCGGCGGUGAGAGCGGACGUUGUAUCUCUCGUCGGUGCCGGUGACGCGCUCGUUGGAGGCGCGGUGGGAGCACUGGCGGAGGGCGCAAGUCUGCUGAUAGCCAUCGCGAGAGGGGUCGCGUGCGCGUCGAUAGCGUGCGAACGUGCCGGUGCUGCUCUGUUAGACGUCGACGCGAACGAGAUGGAGAAGCGGGCGGCAAUCGCGUUCGCCGGGAUUUCAAUAUUAGCACCGGCAGUGCGUUGA